CUUUACAUAUUUCUAUCUUUGUGUUCUUUUUCACUCUCAUCUAUGUCAAAUAAUCUUUGUCCAACUGGAAAGUCAUAACCUCGGUUUGUUUCUUAAAAGUGGUGUUAGGAAAAGUAAUGUAGUUAUUUAAAUAAGUUGAGAGAUGAUAGCUAGAAUCAGAGUCUUAUUCCUUAAAUCAGUAGCCGUAUUACUGGGUUUCUUCUUCACUUUACUUCUCCAAGUUUGCUUUUCAUGAUGCAAAUUGAAAAGAAAAAACCCUCUAGACCAAUGUGGUCAUAUGCCAUUCGUGAUGCUCUUGCAUGUGUAGGAGUCAGUGGGUGGAAGAAAGCUUUCAAGUGCGAGAACCUGAUAAUGCAAUUUCAAGCUCAACUAAAUAUCCAAAAGAAUAGGAGGCGUGUUAUUAUUGUGCAAUCACGUGCAGAUAUUGCUCAACUGCUCGAAAUCGACAAGUUAGAGAGUGCUUUUUCUAGGGUGGAUCAGCUAUGUAAAGACACAUGUUUAUUGACUGCAUAUGAUCUAAUUGAUAAUUUCUGUGAAUGCCUCAUCACCAACAUGUCCUUCAUUAGCAAAUGCAGUUCUGUACACAACUUGCCUAUAAAUGUUGUUGUGGCAAUUGCAAGUCUCACAUAUGCUUCUUCAAGAUGUGGUGAAUUGUCACUUUUGCAUCUGAUAAGAAACUUGUUCAGAGAGAGAUAUGGAAGGGAAUUUGACAUUACAAAUGUGGAACUAUUUGCUGGCAACUAUGUGGACUUGCCGUUGAGGAAAAACCUGAGCAACUAUAGUGUACUAGAAGAUGAGAAACUCAUGUUAUUAAAUGAAAUAGCUCAUGAAAACUUCAACCAACAACUUGAGAGACUAUGAUGCGAACCCUUUUCUUACAAACCGUAGGAGCGAUACUUUGAGGGUGCUAUUGCUAAUUAGCAUCUGAAACAGAACUAUUUCACUGAGGUCAGAAUCAAAGUUGUAGCUUGUAUAUACUGUAGAAAAUUUCCAUCUAUUUUGAACAUUUCAUUAUGUUUUAAUUUAUUUCCAACAUCUCUUAAUUAGAUCCUA